UUGAAAUUAAAUUAUUAUUUACUUAUUAAUUAUGUGAUAACACAAUUGUGCAACUUAAUAUUUCAGACAAAAAUGUCGUCCACUUUCACUCUAGCAAGAAAUCUUUUGCAAAUUUCCAAGCGUUCAUGUUCGCAAAAUGUAACACAAGAAUUAAUAUUUAAAUAUUUGCAAGGCACUCAAAAGGGAAUUGCAGUGUGUGAACUAAACCGACCUAAGCAAAAGAACGCAUUCAGCCGAAAUCUGGUGAGGGAACUACAUCAAACAUUGGACCAAAUCAGUUUUGAAAAUGAAGCCAGAGUUUUGGUUCUUCGUAGUCUUGUUCAAGGCGUUUUUUGUUCUGGAGCUGAUCUCAAGGAAAGAGCCAUGAUGACCCAAAGUGAUGUAUCAGAGUUUGUUACUAAUUUAAGAUAUUUAAUGACCAGGUUUCAUAAUUUAUCUAUACCAGUUAUUGCUGCUUUAGAUGGCACAGCUUUAGGGGGUGGUUUAGAAAUAGCUUUGUCAUGCGACAUUCGCGUCGCAUCUUCAAACGCAAAACUGGGAUUGGUGGAGACAAAACUGGCAAUAAUACCAGGAGCAGGGGGCACACAAAGAUUACCGCGUUUAAUCAACACCAGCUUGGCAAAGGAAUUAAUAUACACGGGGAGAAUUUUCGACGGAAACUAUGCUAAAGAAAUCGGACUAGUAAAUCAUGUUGUUGAACAGAACGAGACCGGAGAUGCAGCUUAUCAAAAAUCAUUGUCGAUAGCGGAGGAAAUAUUGCCAAACGGUCCAGUGGCUCUUAAAAUGGCCAAGGCUGCUAUUAAUAGAGGAAUUGAAGUGGAUUUAAACUCUGGUUUGAAUAUUGAGGAAGCCUGUUAUGCACAGAUCAUUCCCACGAAGGACAGAAGUGAAGGACUUGCAGCCUUUAAGGAGAAAAGAAAACCAGUGUAUAUAGGACAAUAAAAAUACAUAUAUUUUUGUAUAAUAAAUUUACAGUUUUAA